GACACCUGUCGAUGGCUUUUCUGCUGACGCCAACUUGCCAAGUCCACGGCGAAGUGACUGUGAGGUGGCGCUCGGUGAGUCGUCCGAUCAACAUUGUGCGCCGUAGAUUUGCUACUAACCGAUUAGUUUUAUUCUGUAUUUCCAGAAGAAGCUGCAGAUUUUUUUUUCUUCCUAUUCGGAAUUGGACCCAGACCGUCCGAUCACUAACGUGCGCACCAGAUUGACAAAAAAAAAAACAGAGAAAAACUCUCUGUAUGAAUAUCCAACCCCAGCAAUAUCGAAAUUUGAAACCGCAGAGAGAGAGAGAGAGGAGGACGAGGAGGCACCGAGGCAGCUUGCUCCACACGCCUCCGCCGUGACUCGCCGGAGAGGAAUGGAAGAGGCCCGCGCGAGAGUCGUCGCCUCCGCCGUGGCGAGAAUGAAGCCACCGCGGGCGACGGUGACGCAUGCCACUCCGGCCGCCGUCCUCGCGCCGCCCGUCGGCGACGUCCCGCACGCCGGGUGGCGGGGGCUACCCGACGACGUCGUCGCCAGGGUGCUCGUCCACCUCCCCGUCGUCGACCUGUUCCGCCUCGGCUACCUCUUCUCCCCGCGCUGGCUCGACAUCUGGCGCGCCGAGCCGCUGUAUCUCCACGACCGCCAGUUCGUGUCUCCUCGGAUCGCCGCAGCCGACGUCGCCGACGCCAUAGCCAACGUUCUCGAGCUCCACGUAGGCGACGGCGUCCAGUUCGUAGGCGACGACGAUGACGACGACGACGACGACGACGACGAUGAAGACGACGACGACGACGACGACGACGACGACGACGACGACGGAGAUGGAGGUGGAGGCAACGAGGUAGUUGGCGCGGAUGGCCACGACCUGGGCGUCGUCGUCCACCCAUGGAGAGAGGAUGACGACGAUGAUAGCGAUGAUCAUGACGGGGGCCCCGACGACGCCGAAGACGAGGCAGCAGUUCAAGACGCCGGAGUCGUCGACGAUUCUGGACCCGGGGUCGCCGUCGAACUAGAACACGAGGCAGCAGAUCAAGGCGGUGGAGUCCGAGUCGUCGACGAUUCUGACGGCGAAGGCGCCGCCGGCCGCUGCCGCCUCCGAUUCCCUGGAGGCAUAGGCGCCGACGACGGCGUCAUCAGCGACGACGACCUCUACGGCCACGACGACAUCCCAGAUGGUGGUUACGAGAUCGGCCGCGUCUACAGCUUCCGAGUGGAGACCACGCGGUGGCGCGCCGACCAGCUCCACCGCUGGUGCGCCGCGCUCCAGCGCGGCCGUGUUCGUGAGGUCACCCUCACCAACCUCACCAUGGAAGGGUUCCCCGACCUCCCCCAGGGCAUCCUCGAUUGCGGCACAAGCCUCAAGGGACUCCACGUCUUCUUCUUCACCGUGGAGGCCGACCACAUCGACCCCCUCGUCAACCUCCGCGUCCUCGGGGUGUACGGCUGCAGCGGCAUGAUCACGCGAGCACUCCGCCCCGAAUCGGAAAUCCGGGUGCUGACGAUCGACUUCAACCAUCUGGGAGACGUCGUCGUCCAGACCACGCGCCUCCGGUCUCUGUGGAUGUUCAACAACGUGGUGCAGGGCACGGUCAUCGUGAACGACGCCCUCCAAUUCCGGGACCUGCACCUGUUACCACCGACGAGGCCAUCCAGGAUCUUCAUCGGUGACGCGCCCAGCCUGCGAAGCAUCGGCUCUCUCGAUCUCUUCAACACCGUCUUCGUGAUCAAGGGCAUUGUGAUUCAGGCUGGGAUGGUGCAGCGUCCUCCAAAGAUGCGUUCUGUCAGGAUUCUCGGCUUACGGGUGAACUACACAGAUAUGGGUCACAGAGUGCCCCGUGAGAUAGAGCAGAUUCUGAAGUGUUUCCCAUGCUUAGAGAAACUGGAGAUCAUGAGAGACGAUGAGGUUACACCAGAAGAAGGGCUCCUCAAAGCUGAUGGUGAACACAUCUAUCAAGGGAACAAUUUCUUCCGUGACCUUGGUUGUUUCAGCCAUCACCUGAGGUGGAUAUAUCUUACAACUUUCCGAGGGGGCAAGUAUGAACUUGCUCUGGGCAAAGCCAUCCUCGACGAAGCUCGAGCCGGGACAAUUUUCAGAAUGGUACCCCCACCAGGCAGCAAUACCGACAACAUAGUUAACCAGCUAAGGCGGGCUAUGCAACAUUUCAGAAUGACCACUCCAAAUCAUGCUGUCAGAGAUCGACAUGUGUCCGUUCUUCUAAGUUUGGAUGGAACUUGAAGAAGGCUACUCCAGGGUGUUGUUCUGCGCUGUUGUACUACUGUCAGAGAGAUUUUAGGCUGGGCUCUUUUCUUCAGUUUGUCUAGCUUGUCAAAUGAGCGAAUUGUGAAUGAUGCUCUCUUUGAGUCUGCAUUUGAACAAAUCCAAAUCUUGAUAGCAGUAAAAGUAGAUACAAUAUCUUGAUGA